UGAAGCUGAACGAUCGAUUCGGCGGACAGUCCGCAUCCAAGUUAAAGCCCGCCUCCAUACCCAAUUGCCCGGUGCAAUUCUCAGUGAAGUGAACGAUUUAUGGAAAUUCAUUGAUUGCAAUUCCAGCCGACAAGUGUGUGAAUCAAAAACAAACAACAGUCCCAGUUACCUGAACAUCAGCGCCAUGGAAUACAGCCGGAUCCAGACAAUGCUGCCAAUUAUGAUGGUAAUCAUCGCCAGCUCGUGCUGCGUACACGGCCAGUCCUAUCUCUUCAGUUUGGAGAACGUUCUCAACGAGUCCUCGCGCCAGCUGCCCUACAACCUUACCUCCGCGAACGGAACCACCGAGGUGGACUUGUUUCCCGAUCCCAUCUCGAACAACACCCGCAUAAUUGUCUACAAAAACACUGUCGUCGAGUCGCCCAACGAACUUUCCCAGACAGCAAUGGAUGUGAUCACGAUUGUGUGGUAUGUGGCCACCUUCCUCGCUUUGGCUGCCUUCUUCAUGCUGAUGGCCUGCUCGGAUCGACGAUGCCGGGACAUGAGGCGUCGUCCCGCCGGAGGACAGUCCACCGAGGGUCUGAGAGCACCGCCCACGCCCUCACCUUCGUACAGUGAAUUCGCACCGCCGAGCUAUGAUACGGUGAUCAAGAUGCAGCAUGCGGCCAAGACCAGUGUGUUCGUGAUACCCUUCAGCAACAAGGCCGGGGAUCUGGGUGCUCCAGUAUCACCUCCUCCCACAGUGGCCAGUCCAUUGCCACCUGCAAUCACCUGCAGCGUGAUCACCGUCAAUGAACUGCAGAAAUCGGCAGACUAACCGAUAAGUAGACGGGGAAUCCCAGGAUUUUUAGUCUUACUCCGACUCUGUGAUAUUUGCUGUUUAUGGCAAUUAGCCAAGUAUUAGAUGUCGUAAGAUCCACACAAAAAAGACUGACAAUGAAAGAUAUCUGUAUGUGCAUAUGCAUUCAAAUGCCAGUUCAACUGAAACUAGAUGAAUAAGUACUUAAAUAUAAUAAAUCAACACCUUAUCGAAGAUGAUUCACUUAA